UAUACAUUUUGGGUGGGACCCUGCUCUUUCCCGUGACGCUAGUGUCCUUAGCGUGAGCAGAGACUUUUGAAAGGCUCCUCUGUAGACGGAGAAACAGUUGAGCCGGCUGGAACUCGAGGAGGACGUCACAUCGACAGCAAGAUCUGUCAGGGGGUACGUCAAGGGGUCAGCGAGAGCGCGGCCCAGCCAAUCAUCAAUCGCAUAGACGACUCGUCACCCUUUCUGAUUGUCGAGGCCCUGAUGACAGUUUGAGGUUGAGUCGCGGCAGGCGUUAUCAUCACGCUGCUGCUGGGCUACGACACCCGCCGUCUCUGCCGAAGUUCGACAAUUCCUCAACCCACAUUCCUUUUGCUCCUUUUUUGUAUCUCCAGCUGUCGAUACCGCGCGAGGCGCACCUGUACAAUCUGUCAUUUGCUCUCCCAGCCAUUCCUUACUGUCCGGCCCAUAUUGAUCUUCGUUCUCCCAUCCGAACCCCCUGGCGCACACGACCGACAUUCAAUAUGCGAUUCCAAUCAGCGUCACUCGUUCCCUUCCUGGCGGCUGCUGUCGGUGCGGUCCAGGACGACCCGACGGCGACAGUACACGCUCCAGCAUGCACAGCGACGUCCUCGACCGGCAGUGGCGCAUUCUUCGAUCUCCGGCCCGACAUGGCCGUAGAACCGCAAGAAGGCUCAUACAGGUCCGGCCCGACCAAGGACUACUUCUCCAAGGGCUAUGACUACGGCAAGAACUUCACACUGAACAUCUGCGGUGCCGUGGUGGACCCUGUCAGCGAUGUGGUAGGCAUCACACCUCCCCGCUGGCAGAACGUGAGCGCAUAUUAUACAUCCAAGGGACAAAUUUUCUCCAUAGGCUCCGAGUCGAUGGAAUUGCAGAGCCGUGGCCGAAAACUAGUGCUCCAAUACACCGGGGGUUCUCCUUGCGGACCGGAUGCGGCUAUCAAGUCGAAACGAGACCCCCAGACCGACUAUCACUACGAUGGUAACAAUCCGGAGUCGAGCGCCGUUGCCUCCGCCUCUGGGCAAUCUCAGCCAGAAGCAACCAGCUCAGCGGACGAUAAGCCAACGGAUAAUAAGCCAGAGCCAGAGGAGGACAAGGUGAGGCGCAAGUCCGCCACCAUCUCCUUCCUUUGCGACCGGGAUCCGGGGGCGACCUCCGCCAAUGUGUACUUUGUCGGAACCGACCCCGACGAGUGCGCGUACUUCUUCGAGGCCCGUUCCAGCCAUGCCUGCGCUCACGCUGAGCCUCACAAGCCGGGCAGCGUCGGCCCUGGCAGCAUCUUCGGUCUCAUUCUUAUCAUUGCUGUGCUGGUGUAUCUGCUGGGUGGUAUCUUCUAUAACCGGACCGUCGCCCAUGCGCGUGGUUGGCGCCAAUUGCCCAACUUUACCCUAUGGGCCGGUAUCUGGAGCUUUGUUUGCGAUUUGAUCGUACUUGCCGUGUCAGCGUGCUUCCAGCGCAUGUCGAUUCGACGGGGUUAUCGCCAUCUCAGCACGAGUCCCAGCCGCAGGGAACGAAAUAUAGACGCAGAGAACCGGCUGAUCGAUCAGCUGGACGAGGAGUGGGAGGACUGAGGGAGGAAGACUAUUAUUCUUAUACCGGUGACAGUGGGACUUGAGGAGCUCUUUGUUUUGGGUUUCUUUUUUAUUCUUUCCUAUGGGUUUAUAUCUAGAAGGACAUGGCGGGAGUUCUGGUGGGCUAUGUGAUACCGAAACAUACUGUACCUUUAACUAGCUCUGUGAGGUAGUUCAUCACGUCGACUACGAUGCCAAUUUAUGCUUGUUCAACUCA